UAAUCCUCAUUGGAUUGUAAACGAGUUAUUCAUUGUUGGUUAAAAUGUUUCAGUUAAUAUGUUUGUGUGCAAUUAUAUUUAUUGGCCAGGAGACUGGAGCGGUCAUGGAUCCUGGCUACGAAUACGUUGAAGAAGCGAACACUUGGCUGCGCCUGCACAUCGUGCCUGCCACAUGGCAGGACGCGCUCCUGCGCUGCAAGGCCGAAGGUGGUAUGUUAGCCUCCCCUUCGGACACUGCUCUAACAAAAGCGAUGCUGUCCAUCAUGAGCUCAAAUAAUGCGCUGUCACCAGGCGUGUUCACGGGAAUACAUGAUCUCAUCUCUGAGGGUGAUUUCAUGUCCCUUGAUGGUAUACCCGUCUCCGACAUACAGCUGAAUUGGGCUUAUAGUGAACCUAGCGACAAAAAUGAAGAAGAAAAUUGUGUGAGACUUACCAGCACGGGCCAAGUGGCUGAUGAGCGCUGCGCCAGCAAAUACCCCUACUUUUGCCGCAAGGAGAAUGCCACGAUGGUCAUCGACAAAGGUUGUCGAACUACUGCUGAUGGCUACGAAUACAACGCUAUCACUGGCAGCUGCUACAAGUUCCACCGGGUCGCUCAAACCUGGCAUCGUGCUGCUGGAGUCUGUCACGCAGAAGGAGGACACCUGUCUGUUAUUAAUAGUGAAAUAGAAUCACUCGUGAUUAAAACUAUUUUCGAGAACAAUCCCGCAGACACUCUUUUUGGGGCUACACAUGAUUUCAUUGCCUUUAUUGGUGCCUGGAAAUGGAAUAUUGAAGAUGGCGAGUGGCUUACUGUAAAUGGUCAAACACUCGAUGAAGCUGGAUUCGCAGAGUGGGGUGACAGCCAGCCUAACAAUUUAGGUGGUGACCAGACAGUAUUGUCCGUGCAGCGGGGUGGCAAGUUAGAUGACAGAUCACCUCACAUCAAAGAAUCAUUCAUCUGUGAGAUUUCGCUAGGGUAUUAAAAUA